AUGUCACCAAAUAUAGUCGGGUCAAAACGACAUGAAGCACGGACAGUCGCUUUAGCGGCUGCGCUCGAAACGGUGUUCAUUGCCAGGAGAGUGAUCGAAAUCUGGCAGCGGUAUUCGAAGCCAAUGCAACUAGCGUUUUUGGACUUUGAAGCCGCGUUCGACCCUCCUCAUCGAGGCCGUCUUCUCAACGCGCUCCGCGCCGGCGGAGUAGCAGGAAAGUUCGUUCGCUUGCUUGAAGACAUGAAUCAACGAACAACUGCUGCAAUUCGAACACCAGUCGGGUAUAAAAGUGGUCAUUGA